CGCUUCUUCCUCUCAAAAAUUCAUAGAUUACAUCUUCUUCACUCUGUCAUCUCUGCCUUCUCAGCUUUGUCUUCAAGUCGUCACUGAUGGAUUUUAGAGAAUACGAGAACCUUGAAGCUUCGCUUGUUGUUACGAGGGACAAGUGGGCCUUCAAAGUCGGCAUUACCACUCACUGUAAGUGGUCACACCUACAAUACAUAAAAAAGACACUUCUAGCGGUAGGGGAGUACAAUGCCGUGAAGGCUACGUGCUUCGGCAUGCUGUUGGACGUAUAUCCACAAGGCUUCUUCUGUGCUGGUCUCCUGCAGAACAUCAUGCAACGCAGAAUCACUGAACCAGACGCAAUGGAGCAUGAGUUCUGGUUUGCCAUAGGCAAGAUCAAGGCUCGCUUCUCCAAGCGUGAGUUUUGCCUUGUGACAGGAUUGAAGUUCGGCCCCAUGACAGAUGUUUUCUCACGUCUCUACAAGCUAGUCCCUGGAGGAAUUCACUCCAGAUACUGGAAAGGGAAGAAUGUGAAGUUGUUGACAGUGCUUAAGAGGUUCCAGAAAGGCAAAUUUGAGCAGUCAGGAGACGCAACAAAGAUUGCCCUCGUCUUGCUCGCAAAUAAUAUAUUAUUCGGACAAGACUAUAGAAGAUGUGUAACGCUGUGGCUGUUGAUGUUGGUCGAGGAUAUUGAAGCCUGGAAUGCAUUCCCAUGGGAUCACUAUGUAUGGAGGUUGACUGCGGACUAUUUAUUAAGGGGGUUUGAAGUUCCUCCAGUAACGUCGGAGAAGCCUAAACUUUUCCGCUACAACCUAUACGGAUUUGUAUGGGCGAUACAAUUAAUGUUACCUAAUGUUUUCCAUUUUCCUUUUCUCAUAAUAUUUUAUUAA